ACUAUUGCUAGUAUAAUGGAUGGGAACAUUUGCUUUACCUCUAUAGAUUUGCUUGAAGAGAGAGAAUAUAGUGUUAUUCUAAUUUUAUUUUAAAUAACUCUUUAUAGGAAAGCACCAGACUUAGGGCGAUGGCAGACGUUCACGAACCUGUCGAAAUCUUACGCAGAAACGGAGAUCGUGAAACACUGGCGAGUUCGGAGCUUGUACCUGGUGACGUCAUCAUAAUUCCAACCAAUGGCUGCAGUCUAACGUGUGAUGCUGUUCUGUUAACCGGGAACUGCAUUGUCAACGAGAGUAUGCUUACAGGGGAGAGUGUUCCUGUGACAAAGACACCCUUACCAAAUCCCCAUAGUGUAAAAAUGGAAUAUUCCAUGGACACACACAAAAGGCACACACUCUUUUGUGGAACUAAAGUCAUCCAGGUUCGCACUCAUGGAGAUGAGGUAGUGAAAUGCGUAGUUACUCAAACAGGAUUCUCUACUGCUAAGGGACAACUAGUGAAGUCUAUUCUAUACCCAAAGCCCACCGAGAUCAAAUUGUACAGGGAUGCAUUGCUCUUCGUAGGAAUCCUCACAAUAAUAGCUAUCUUUGGAUUUAUCUACACGGCAAUCAUCAUGGCACUACAAGGGGCAAGUGCUUCUAAAACAGCAAUCCAUGCUAUUGACAUAAUCUCCAUCGCUGUACCCCCAGCACUUCCCGCAGUUCUGACCAUUGGGAUGGUGUUCGCGCAAUUUCGGCUGAAGAAACAAGGCAUUUACUGCAUUAGCCCUCAACGAAUUAACCUAUGUGGGACUGUAGACGUCGUCUGCUUCGACAAGACGGGUACACUGACUGAGGAUGGACUCGACUUGCUUGGAGUGCAGCCUGUCACAAAAAGAAGUUUCAUGCCGAUGGUGGCCGAUGCCAAGUUGCUCUCAUCUGAUCCCAUUUCAGUUGCUAUGGCAACGUGCCACGAACUGUUAGAAGUGGAAGAAAAGAUAACUGGAGAUCCCCUCGAUAUUAAGAUGUUUGAGGCAACUGGAUGGACUCUAGAUCUGGGUGAGAGUGCUACUACCAAGGUACCUGGUUCAGUAGCAGUUGCAAAAGCCAUGUCAGCCGAGCAAGUCAAAGGAGAAAAGUUUCUCGAUAAAGAUCAGGGUUUAUGUGAAAUUGCGACUUUAAAGAUAUUCCCUUUCGCGUCCGCUCUUCAGACCAUGAGCGUUGUUGCCAUGGAUACUGUGACCCGGAAGACGUAUGCCCUUGCCAAGGGGUCACCGGAAAAGAUAUCAAAGCUUUCACGAAGCGAUACAGUGCCCGUCGACUUCCAAGAUGUUUUAGAUGGAUAUACUAAGCAGGGAUUAAGAUUGAUUGCGAUGGCGUGGAAACCAAUCAAUAUCAACUUAGACGAUCCCAAUGAACUUUCUACGAUACAAAGAAACCUUAUUGAGUGUGAUCUCGAGUUCAUUGGUCUCCUCAUCUUGCAAAAUAAACUGAAGCCUGCUACGACCCCAGCCAUCACUGAACUCAAUGAAGCAAAUAUAAGAACCAUAAUGGUAACAGGUGACAACAUCUUCACAGCGAUCAGUGUGGGUCGGGAGUGCGGAAUGGUUCGGCGCGGCGCCACAAUCAUGCGCGUAGAGGCGGGGCUUCCGUGCGACCACGCCAAAGCCAAGCUUGUCAUCACUCCCUUGAUCGAUGACAUAGUGAAUGAUGAGGAGAAUGAUUACCAUAACCACAAGAAGGCAAGAGAGGAUGAAAGGCUCGUAAUCAUGAAGGAAGAAGAGAAACAGUUAAUAGCAUGUGACGGCACAACGUUCGGCAUCAUUCGAGAUCAUUACCCACAAAUAAUACCAAAGAUCGCAGCACAGGGCGUAAUAUUCGCACGAAUGUCGCCCGACCAAAAGUCACAGCUCGUUGAAUCGCUUCAGUCACUGGGCCUGUCUGUUGGAAUGUGCGGAGAUGGUGCGAAUGAUUGCGGCGCUCUUAAACAAGCGCAUGUCGGGAUAGCUCUCUCGGAAGCCGAGGCAUCGGUAGCAGCUCCGUUCACCUCUAAAACGGCAACCAUUAGCUGUAUCCCGACAGUCAUAAAGGAGGGUCGUUGUGCUAUGGUGACGUCAUUCGGAUUAUUUAAGUUCAUGGCUGUGUACAGUCUCAUCAUGUUCUCUACCGUUACUGUAUUGACUUCGGUUCAAUACUACGUUGGCGAUAUGCAGUUUUUCAUUAUUGACAUUGUUCUCUGUACGUCAUUCGUAUUGACAGUCGGUGCCAACAAAGCCUAUCACCAGAUAUCAAUCAAACGUCCCAUCACGAAGCUGGUCACACCUCCCAUUGUAUUCUCGCUCAUCGUGCAAACACUAAUCUUACUUGGAUUCCAAGUCCUCAUGUUGAUCCUGGUCAUUCGUCAACCAUGGUAUGAGCCUUCCGAGCUCGACAGUCAUCAUAGGAACGUGGUGUCCUAUGAGAACAUGGCAGUGUGGCUGCUUGCCAAUUUUCAGUACAUCACCAUCGCUUUUGUGUAUACGCCUGGACCUCCAUACAGCAACCGGUUCUACCAAAACAUUCCUCUAUUGAUCGUUUUCAUCGUCGACUUUCUUAUAUGUCUUGGAUUUCUGUUCUAUCCGCCUGAGAGGAUCAUCAAAGCAUUUGAGCUGAAAGACAUUCCAUCAUAUACUUUUAAGGGGCUUAUCCUGUUUCUAGCAGCCAUUCAUUUCGUCAUCGCCUUAUUUGUGGACAAUGUUCUGGCGUCCUCUAAGAAACUAAUGAACCUUGUCACGUGUGCAUGCUGCCGCAAGAAAAAGAACCAAAAAUAUCACGGGGUCGAACUCAACGUUCUCAAGAAACCUCUGAUGGAUCUUCUCUCUGAGUCGGAAACUAUUUAUUGCGAAUGAAUGUACCGUAUGUAUUGACGUCAUGGCGCCGCCAUCUUAGAGGUCAGUGUGUUGGUGAUCUGCAGCUGGCGCAUCUCUGACAACUUCGUUCACGCGUAUUCCUACAUCUUCUGAAGGAGGGCGCUAUGAGUUUAUGACGUCACAUGUAUUAAAUGUCUAUUCCAAGAUGACUUGCGUUAGGUUGAGCUGGAAAAUAUGUUUUUGGAUGACCGCAUGAAUGGGAUUAACAUUGGACAACGGGUAUGGCUAAGAAACGAUAAGGAUAUUAAAAUGACGUUUGAAAUUUAUACUUGCUUUAAGCAUGUUAAGUAGAGAAGAUGGAAUCAUUUUAUCAGAGUGUCUAUGUCUAGCAUAUCUAGUAGGCUUAACAACAAGGAUAGCACAACAAGUUUUUGGACUUAAUCCAAUUCUGAAAUAGUUUUGACUUAACCUAACAGUGUGUAUGAAAUAUAUAUUGACAUUGUGAUCGCGCUUUGAAAUUAUAUUGGACAUUUUGGAAUAGCGUUUUGAUAUUGAAUUUAUAAUAUAAGUAGCCAAGAACCCUUCUCUUGGAAUUCAUAUUAUUGUAUAUGUUUAGUAGGCUGACAGAAUUGAAUAUCACUAAUUUUUCACUCGUUCAAAAUUUGAAGUAUUUUUUAAGAUUAUGAAACAGGUUUAAGGAUGUAGUCAAUAGCGAGUGCGUAUGCAAAUCACGUGUUUAUGCUUCCAUUUUACACAACCUUCCAGCCAUGCACUUUUUGUGCCUCACUGUUCAUUUCUGAUACAUGUAUUAUUACCCCUCGGACGUAAAAAAUGUUUUCGCCCUCUGAAAUUCGGGCUCUCUGAGUUGGCUAUGACAAAAUAUUUCGAUGCGCCUACUAAAGCGCGAUUACUAUUGUUUCAAUAACAUUACAAGAAUAGGCCGAAUCCCCCCCCCCAC